UCGUCCGUAGUACAGAGUAACCUGACCGGUGUUACUAAAUUUUGAAAACAGUACAAUGAAUCCCAAUUAUCCAUCAUGUAUAAAAAUCCCUUCGACAAAUUCGAAACAGGACGCAACGAUAACAGUAGGCGGGAAUAUCGCGAGGGCUUCGAUGAUGGAGAUACAGGAGACAGAAAUACUUUAUAACGAAUUAGUCUUAAUAGCCGAUCGAAUAUUUGGUGAAAGAAAGUGGAGUCAUAUCGUUACUAAUCAAGAAAUCGAUUCUGUUGAAUCGUUCAUGGGCAAAUAUGUAUGUGGAUGUGUGACAUUUCUCAAAAUCCAAUUAUCUGAUGGCGUGUUUCACGAAGAUAUGGGAUAUUAUUAUACAGAGGCAGCUAUAAAAAGUGUGUCGAUACAAUCUGCGAGAAUCGGUUCUCAUGUAGAUGCCUUUAAAAGAGUAUUGUCAUGCUUUGGUAAAGAGAUAGGACACGAAAUACAAAAACUGUCGAAGACACCAAAAUUGGAUAAGAUUACGGAUUACAAGACAGAUUUGGAAUAUUUUGAGACGCUGGAACCAUGUGCUCAAUCAACUCCACUUUUAGAAGUUAAUGCAACAAGACAAAAUAGUUCAAAUAUUCCAAAGAGCCUAAAUAAUGUACAGCUAACAGUUACAAAACCGGAAAUUCAGAAAACUGUACAAAAACCACUUGAACAUAAAGUGGACAAUGUAAUGCGUCCUAUACAAUCCAAUACAAUUUAUGAAAAGAAGCAAACUAAUGGGAAAACCGAACAGAAUGCAAAGAAAGAAUUAACUGAGGAAGAAGCCUUACGAAAUGAAAGGAAACGGAAACAAAUGGAAAAACAAGCAGAAUAUAAACGAUUAAUGAAAGAGAGAGAACAACAGAGAUUGAAUAAACUCUAAUCUAAAAUAUUAAUUACUAUCGUUGCAUGUAAAACUUUAUACAAUAAUUUUUUUAAUUGCUUGUAAAUAAAUCUCCAAUAAUAUUGAAUAUACUGGCAAUUAGUAUAAUCAACUAUAUUAGCCCAAUUGAUCACUUUUAAUUGUCAUUAGUGAUCCGAUAGUAUAAUAUUUUACACACAUAUCAUAUUAGAAGAUAUUAAUUAAGAUCUGAGAAAAGGAAAUAUCUAAGAUGUAUAAAGUACAUGUAAUAAAUAAAGUCCUACUAAUAACGCAGCAGUCUUAUUUACAAAAAUGUUUGUAACGAAUUUGAAGAAACGAGAAUCGUAGACAAAUUACCUGAUCUUGUGCGUUU